GGUGAGACCACAGAUUUUGAGUUGUUGAAGCAUCAGCUGUCAGAUCCAGACAUAAAGGAUGCCCAGAUCCUUAAUUGGCUGCAUGAAUUUCGAGCUUCUGUUGCAUAUUUGACCAAAGAGCUUGAGCAACUGGUCAGCAUUUUGCUGAAGCUGCCAUGGUUGAGAAGAAGCCGGGAGGUAGUGGAAGAGUAUCUGGGGUUUCUUGGCAAUCUAGUGUCAGCACAAACUGUCCAUCUUAGGCCAUGCCUCCGGAUGAUUGUAUCACAGUUUGUCCCCCCUCGAAUAACCAUCAGAGAAGAUGAUGUGGAUAUUUCAGAUUCUGAUGAUGAUGAUGAAAACCUUUCUGAAAACUUUAAUACAUGCCAUAGAGCAUUGCAAACCGUUGCAAGAUACGUUCCUUCGACACCACAGUUUCUCAUGCCGAUACUUGUGGAAAACUUUCCUUUCAUUAAUAAAUCGGAAAGGACUCUGGAAUGUUAUGUUCAUAACCUGCUACGAGUUACAGUGUACCUUCCAACUCUGAGGCUUCAAAUUCUGGAGCUUAUUAUUGAAAAGCUGUUAAAGUUGGACGUUAGUACUCCACAGCAAGAUAUUGAAGACGCUGAAGAAACUGCUAAUAACUCUGAUAGUGAGGAAAAAUCUACAGAGGAGGGACUUUUUGACAUGGAGGAAGAUGAAGAAAGAAAAGGAAACAAAGUUGUCUCUUCCAGUAGUGAGAGAAUGGCCCAUCCACUUGCAGAGCGCCUUGAUAUUUUGAUGACCAUCCUGUUUUCCUAUAUUAAAGAUGUUUGCCACGUGAAUGGCAAGCUUGAUAUCAACAACACAAAGGAUUUGUAUCGGGAUCUGGUUUCUGUUUUUGACAAGCUCAUUUUACCAACCCAUGCUUCAUGUCAUGUACAGUAUUUCAUGUUCUACAUCUGUAGCUUUAAAUUG